AAAAUCGCUCCACUCAGUAAACGAUUGGGAGAGAUGAUUUUCACGAGAUUCCGAAAUAAACCCAGAACGGCUAAACAUGCAUAGAUAUUUCAAUUUGCGUUUAAGUCUGAUUACAAUGGAGAUUAUCGGACGCCAGUAAAAGCAAUAUCAGUGCCUUUGAACCGUGAAUGGAAAUAGUGCUUAAUAUUGGCGACUAGUUCGAUCGGUUUUGUACAGUGCCGCGCGACAAAGCUUUGAAAUAUGGUAGCUCAGAUAGAUGAUUCGGAAAAUGCUUGUUUGAAUAGGGAACGUGCCGGCCAAACACAACUCACAAUUCCCCAGCAGAAUGCAAUAAACGAUAUGGAGGAGGUUCAGAAAUCUGUAGAUACUGAGCAUGUUCCAGCGAAUCCCACACAUUAUGAAGGGCCACCCAUAUGGAAAGCAUUCGUUAAGAACUGGCCAAUUAUCUCACAGCCCCUGGCGUUGCUAAUGAUCUGCAUUUUGCUGUGGGCAAUCCUUUAUUCAGUGAUAACCGAUUUUGUGUCAGCUGACUCGAAACUCAUGCGAUUCGUCUAUUUGUUCGUUGGAGCACAGAUUUCAGGCAUUCUGGUCACUUUCAUACAUUUGCCGGAUAUGUUGGGGAUGCUCUUCUGGGGUGUUUUCUUCACAAAUAUUGGCCUGAGCAAUUUCAAAGGAUACGAGCGCUUGGAAUCAUUUCUUAGAGAUAUGGCCUUAAUAAAUAUAAUGCUGCUGGCUGGAUUAGGACUAGAAGUGAAAGUUUUCAAGAAACUUUUGGGAAUGGUCGUGCGGCUUUCUAUAAUUCCAACUGUGGCUGAAACUGUUAUAGUUGCUGUCCUUGCACAUUUUCUACUGCAGAUGCCGUGGUUGUGGGGACUGCUUUUAGGCUUGGUAAUCACUGCAAUCUCUCCCAAUGUCGUUGUUACUGUUAUGCUAAGGCUUAAGGAGCUAAAACUUGGCUUAAAUAAUGGGAUUCAUACAGUGAUUUACGCUACAACGACUUUCAAUGACGUAAUUGCAAUUUUCAUAUUCGGCGUAAUUUUAGGAACCGUUUUCUCCAAAGGAUCAACGACUGAGCAACUUCUCGUGGGGCCAGUUGGAAUGGGUAUCGGCAUUGUCUUUGGAUUUCUGUACGGGCUAUUACUAGCCAAUUUUCCAUCGAGAAAAGCGAAAUAUGCAGAUGGCCUACGAUUUGUACUAGUCCUCCUAGGCGGAACCAUAUCCGUGGUUGGAAGUAAGUAUAUCGAAUACCCCACAGCCGGCGCACUGGGAUGUGUCACAGUUGCUUUCUUCGUUCGACUAGGACUGCAUCGCAAGAAAAUGGACAGAGAGAGUAGCGUUCUCAGUAGUCGGCUCGACUUGCUGUGGAGAUUCAUAAAACCAAUCUCAUUCUCGUUAAUCGGCAAAGAACUUAAUUUCGGUGUCCUGGAUCCAAAAGUAGUGGGAAUUGGAACUGUGGUUAUUUUAUGUGGAUGUCUGUUCCGGCUGGUUUCAUCGUACUUAUCAACAUAUGGUGGCGGUUUAACAUGGAAGGAACGUGCUUACAUAACAAUAUCUGGUCUACCGAAAGCAACUAUUCAAGCGGCACUUGGACCGAUGGCUUUGGAUUUGGCCAGAUCAUUAAAUUCCAUUGAGAAUCUUGAGCUUGCUAAUAAUGUCCUGGUUGUUUCGGUCCUGGCGAUUAUAUUUACAGCUCCACUUGGAGCCGUGCUAAUGAUCCGAUUAGCUCCAGUAUGGUUGCAGGGGACCGAGCCGCAAACGGACAGCCAGAUGAUAAUUCCCGAUUCCGGUCGGGGCCGUGCCAUGGGACGAGAUGCCGAGUACCCAAUCCUAGUCGGAAUAAAUACAAUUACAACCACCCCAACAAUAAAUGAGCCGACCGAAACACAAACUAGUACAACUGCACGGUAGUGGCUGCGCCCUUAAUUUGUGAUUAACUUAAAGCUUUUGGGGCUGUUUAUGGAACUUUGAUACUUAAAUCUCGUAAAUUUUAACUUAAUUUAUUAUUGAAUUCAAAAUGACAUUGCUGUAAGUAAAGGAUACUUAAUUUUAUUGUAAUGCUGUAUAUCCUUGGAAUAAAUGCUUACUGGGCAAUUUCAUUUCCAGUAAUGGGAGCGAAUUGCGAAUAAAUUA